UAACCUUAAUUUCGUCUCUUUUUCUUUUUCUUCGAGAUUUUUUAUUAGAGGGCUGGCUGCCUUUCUUUCUGUAACACCUGCUAGAGAAAAAAAAAACAAUGGAUCGUCAAGGUCAUACUAGUACUAACUUUCCAGUUCCUCACAGAAAGAUCUCUGUAGAUAUCAAGGGAAUUCAAACAGAUAUAGUCAUAUCCAGCUAUGACGAUCAUAUUCUAGUGAUGGCGACUCAGAUUGGAGCUAUGGGAACGAUACUGAAUGCCAGGAAAGAGGAAGGGAUGGCCAUUCAUCCGACUUUCAGUGUGUCAGUAAUUUUCGGUAAACGAGAUGAGCCAAUGCUAGUGGCGUGUGCACGUCAGCUUAUCGAACAGAUAAGUAGCUCUGGGUCUCCCAAGACAUUACUGCUCUCUCUUGGUCUCAAAGAUCACUCACUGGAUACAUUGAAAACCAUUGUUUCCUCUGUAACUGAGUAUCGCCUCUGGUAGUUAAAUAUUUCCCUAGAAGCACGCCUGUUUCUGCAUUCAUCUAUAAUACAUCAAGGAACCUGUUAUUUGGCGGGACUAAGAAGUGGAUCAUUUCCACAGGUUCAUGAUCAAGACAUGUAAAUUUUUGGAUCAGUUAGAGUUUGUGGUAGUGACAAUGAUAGCAAAGUUUUACAAAGAUAUAAUUCGUUUAUUCUGUAUGCAAUUAAUCUCUAAGAUGUUAGCUUUCAUGUUUCACAAUAUUGAUUUACUUCGUUCAUACCCAUUGGAAUGGGUUUUGGUUUCUUAA